AUGUUUGAGGAUCUAGAAGUGCUGCGCUUUCUAUGGAUUGGAUUAAAACACCCACAAAAUGUGGGUCCAUCAGACUUGCCUGCUGAUUGCCCUCUGCGAAUUCCUGUUGAAGGCGAUCCCCAUGGAGACGAUCCCGUUGUUGCUGAUCCCGAUCCCGUAGGAGACGAUCCCAGAGGAGACGAUCCCGAUCCCGAUCCCGAUCCCGAUCCCGAUCCCGAUCCCGAUCCUGGUGUAUUUGCAUUAAGAGAUGUAUUAGUAUUCCCUCAGCCUCCUAUUGGCAAUUGUCCCUUCAAUAAGGAAGGAGUAUGGCCUCCUCUUAAUUGGAGGCACCCUGCUGUAUGCCGGACCGCCACCACCAACAGCAACAGCAGCAGCAGCAGCAGCAGCAGCAGCAGCAAGAGGAGGGAGAAUAAGACUAAUUAUGAAUAUAAUUAUAGGGAUAUACCCUCUAUGUUAUCUGGUGGUGAUUUAGAUGGUGAUAAGUAUUGGGUAUUUUAUGAUCAAUCUAUUGUCCUUCCUUUGUUGCUCUUAUGGUCACAAGGAAGGGCACCUCCUCCUGCUGCUCCUGCUCCUCCUGCUGCUACUGCUGCUGCUGCUGCUGCUGCUGCUACUGGAUAUAAUAGUAAUAGUAGGAGGAACAGCAACAGCAGUUAUACCUCCUGCAGCAGCAACUGCAGCAGCAGCAGCAGCAGCAGCAGCAACAGCGAUAGUGAGAGCAGCAGCGCAUGCAAAGAUAAUCGAUCCGAUAGUGACGUCAUAAGACAGUCCAGUCAUGCAGCAGCAGCAGCAGGAGCAAGUGCAGCAGCAGCAGCAGCAGGAUCUCAAGCAGAAGGAGACAACGAGACAACAGCAGCAGCAGCAGAAGGAGACAACGAGACAACUGCAGCAGCAGCAGAAGAGAUAACAGAGACAGCAGCAGAGCUGCAAACCGCAGCAGCAAAAGAGAACGAAGAGACGGCAACAGAACCACAUACUGCAGCAGCAACAAAGGAGACAGCAGCAGAGCUCCAAACAGCAGCAGCAAAAGAGGCAGCACCUGCAGCAGCAGAACCUGCAGCAGCAGCACCUCCAGCAGCAGCACCUCCAGCAGCAGAACCUGCAGCAGCAGCACCUGCAGCAGCAGCACCUGCAGCAGCAGAACCUGCAGCAGCAGCACCUCCAGCAGCAGCACCUGCAGCAGCAGAACCUGCAGCAGCAGAACCUGCAGCAGCAGAACCUGCAGCAGCAGCAGCAGCAGCAGUAGCGCCUGCAGGAUCUUCAGUAGCAACAGUGUCUCCUGCCUCCUUUGCAUUAGCAGUAGCAUUACCUGCACGCCGUGCAGUACUAUUACGAGCAGCAGCACGACCAGCAGCAGCAGCAGCACGUGCAGCACGAGCAACAGCAGCAACAGCAGCAGCAGCAACAGCAGCAGCAGCAGCAGAAGAGGAGAAGGAAAUAUUAUUAUUAUCUCGUUAUAUAAUAAGAAUAAAAGAAGUAUUUAAUUUAGGUAUAAUAGCAAGAAAUCAUUUCCGUCUAUGUUUAGCCCCUAAUUAUUAUUAUGCUGAGCAGCAGCAGCAGCAGCAGCAGCAGCAGCAGCAGCAGCAGCAUGUACAGCAGCAGCAGCAUAAGGAAGAAGUGCAGCAGCAGCAUAAGGCAUGUAAUAAGGUAGCUAUAUAUCUAGCUAAUCUUGCUGCUGCUGCUGUUGAUACACCUAAGACAGGGAAGCAAGUGCUGCAGCAGCAGCGCAUGCAUUCGUGUCUGCUGCAGCCCCAUUUCUUAGCAUUUGAGGCCCCAUAUAGGAGGCAGCACUUGCUGCAGCUGCUGCAGCAACAGCAGCAACAACAGCAGCAGUAUCAGCAGCAGUACAUACUGCAGCAGCAGCAGCAGCAGCAAGCUAAUUCCUAUGAGCAGCAACUACAUAUUAUUGUCUCCUCUUCUGUCUUGGGGUGUCUAUACAACAGGCUGCUGCUGCACCCACUAACACAAUCACCAGAUACAUUAAAAUUGUCCUACUUGCAUGCAGCAACACAGCAGCAGCAGCAGCAGCAGCAGCAACAGCAGCAGAAACAAUAG